AUGGGUGACGGUCAAAGCUGUCAUCUACCGACAGUUUCUGUCCUGUUGAAGACAAUUCCUCUUCAAACGUCGAACGGAUGGCAACUGGUUGGGGUGGACAACGGCCUGCGGACUUGGAAGAGGCGAAUUCGUAUUGAGGAGACAGAUUACAAUGUAUUGGCGUCGUCCUGCACGUUGUACGGCCACUUUCAGGAAAUAUUUUCAAAACUUUGCUCUGCUAAAGACUUACCAGACUGGGACUACACAAGAGGACAAACAUCAUUAGUAUCUGAAGAAAAACGAUUAGAGGAAGGCAUAGCUAAGGACACCAUACUCUGCUGUCCACCUGGAGGAACAUCAGAUGAAGGCAACAACAUGCAGAUUGAUCGCUUCUAUACAUUAGAUGGUGAUGGACAAUCAUGGCUGCUGACUGUAGCAGCGGGUGUGAAUGGGGACGGUCACAUCAGAAUGAGGAGAUUUUGGCAGCUUGAGGGAGGCGUACACUCCUGCCAUGUUUUGUCACUAAUGGUCUUUCAACCAUUGGACGGCUUCAUUUCUGCAGAUGCAGAAAAUGCUUCAUCGCAGCUGACUUCAUUUCGCCAUUAUUUGGACACAGCCAGUUUGCUGCAACAGCCUCCUGCCAUUAGUGCCAUGGCCAGCACCAGUCAUGUUCAACCAAGUGGCAUUGCCAUGGCAAGCAGUCUAGUUGAGGCUCCAAUGUCGCACAAACUGUCUGGGUUUCCAGCUCAAGCUGCGGCUUCUGGUGAUCGUCAGCUUAGUUCUCUCAACCAAAGAGGGAAAGGGCACUCAUCAAAUUCUGUCACCAAUUCUCGUAUGACAACCAUGCUGACAUCGUAUACUGAUCUGUGCAGUCAGUCAGCUGAUAGGCUACUUGGAACAGCUAAAUCGGCUCUUGCAUUAGACGGAUGGGUCAAAAUGGGCCACAUUGAAGGUGUAAGGGUGAUGAAGAGCUCAAGUUCUAUAGCAUUUAAUCUCUAUCCAGAUGAAGGCCUUACAAGUUGUGUCAUCUGUGUGAUAAAUGUUUCUGUUCCCAUCCGAUAUGCAGUCAAAUACUUAUGGGACACUAAACACCAAACACAAUGGAAUGGACUGUUUGAUUCAGCUGAAACUAUAGAAGAGUUUGGUUCAAAUGUUAAAGUUUUGCAUGUUCGAUACAAACCCGUGUGGCCUUUGAACGGUCAAGACUUUUGUUUGUUGGUUGGUAAGAACAAGUUUGACAAUUCAUUUGUUAUUUCUGAAAGAUCAGUGAGUCACAGCCAAUGUCCAGUUGAGCCAGAUUUCAAAAGAGUCAAACGGCUUGAAAGUGGCUUUGUUAUGAUACCAAUUACUGUCGAAGAAUCAGACAGUCAGCAGUGCACAAUUGCACUCAUCAGCAGAACAAUAGAAACGGAUUAUGACGAGCAGUUACCUUUGCCAUCUGAACCUCAUUGUUUGGCUCGCCUCUGCGAACAACUUGAGCAAACAUUUGCCAUAUUGCCUUCUAAUUAUCAGCUAUUAUAUGAGAAACCAGAAGGAAAAGAUGAUGACACUUUAUCAAGUUCAUCAAGUGGAAGUGAACCAUCAAGUCUACCCAAUGAAAUUUGGUGCAAUGAGUCCAUAGGAGUUGGAGAUCUCAAGUAUCGUUGCUCAGUGCAAGAGAGCAUGGAAGACUACCCAGUGCAGCCAAUAUCAAACAGAAUGCUCUGUGAACCAACAGAUGAACAAAGUUGCAUUGACUAUCAGACAAUCGGCAACCAGGUUGCUGGUGACAUAAUGUCAGAGAUAGUUACACUUCAAAGCAAGGACAAGAAAGUGAGAAAAUCAAGAUGGAGGAAAAGCUUUAGCGAUAAAGGAGUCAAUGUCUUUAGGAGAGUUGUUCAUGGUCAACCCAUUUUCUGUUACAUUGCGGAGAGUGUACUUGAAUUUGACAUAGAAGUUGUAUGGCAAGCAGUUCGAAAUCCUUUUACAAGAUUGCAUUAUGAUGUUCUAAUAAAGUCAGUCACUCCAGUAGAACAGGUCUCAGCAAGUGUUUGCAUCUAUCACUGUGUUAUGGAGGCAAAGAAGUGCUUUAUAAAGCAGAGCCGGGACUUACUAGUAUUGAGCUGCGAAAAACGAAAUAUGGACAGGCGCUUUCUUGCUUAUCGUUCAGUACAGCACAACAGUUGUCCUGUAGAUCCAAUGAUACCUCGUGCCACAAUUUACAGUUCAGGAUGGGGACUUGAACUGUGUGAUAUCAAUGGAAGAAUUGGAACUAAAGUCUACUAUCUUACUCAGUUUGAUCCUGGUAGUCAUUUGCCGUCUGUUAUACUGAACUUUGUUACCAAACACCAACCACUCUGCGUUGCAUAUCUUAGAGACUAUCUUACAAAACAGCAGCAAUUGCAAGGUCAUUCCAUCUAGGUGCAGCCAUCAAUUCUCGACUAAUCAUUUAUUUUACAUUUAAUUGGUUUACUUUUCACGUGCUGCUAUACUUUUUAUAUUUCAAUAAAUGAUUUCUUUCCUUUAUUAUUA